AUGGCUACCCCUAGUGUCCUCGCUUUUGACGCUGAGGGUCGGGCCAUUGACUUUGACGUCUGGGUAGAUGACCUGCAGCUUUUCCUACAGUGCGAUAGGGCAGACGGUCUCUCCCUCUUUGACCUCACCUCUGGUGCCUCUCCUGCCCCUGCUGCUGAUGCCGACGCCACUGUUCGCUCACAGUGGGCCACACGCGAUGCUGCUGCACGUCUUGCUGUGCGUCGCCACCUGCCUACCUCUGAGCGUGCGCACUUUAGCCAGUACAAGAGUGCUCACACCUUGUACGACGCUGUAGUUGCGCGCUACUCCUCCCCUGCCACUGCUGCACUGAGCCACCUCAUGCUACCGUACCUCUUCCCUGACCUUGCUGCCUUUCCCACAGUCGCUGACCUCAUUACGCACCUCCGCACUAGUGACACUCGCUACCGCGUUGCGCUUCCUGCUGAGUUCUGCGCCAAGAACCCCCCCCCCAUGUACAACACCCUCUACUACAUAGUCACCCGGCUCCCUGACUCCCUUCGCGUAGUCAGGGACCACUUCCUCUCAGUUUGCCCCACCACUCUCACCGUUGACCUCCUCGAGAAGGCCCUCCUAGCAGCAGAGAAGAGCAUAGUCGCUGUAGGAGCCUCUCGUGGUGACCCUCGCACCCCCGUCUUUGAGGGGUGUUCCCCCUCCCCCCUUUUGCCCUCUGUUGCCUCUGCUGCUGCGGCCGACCUCGUUGGUUUCGAGUCGGUCGGUGCUGCGUCUGCCCCGAGCGGGAGACGCCGCACCGGCAAGGGCAAGGGGGGCAAGGGUGCUGGAGGGGCUGGCGGGGGUGGCGGAGGUGGCGGUGGCGGCAGUGGAGGGGGUGGGGGUGGUGGUGGGAGUGGUGGCGGGGGUGGAGGUGUCGGUGGCGGCAGUGGAGGCGGAGGCGGCGGCGGCGGUGGCGGUGGGAGCGGAGGUGGCGGAGGUGGCGGUGGUGGAGGAGGCGGCGGCGGAGGAGGUGGAGCUGGUCGGGAUGGCGCUGCGCAGAGGGUCGGCUCCGGUGGUGGUCAGCGCCAGCAGCAGCAGCGGCAGCAGCGCACUCGUGACAUCCCCCCCCCUCAGCAGCUCCGUGAGUGGUACGCUGCACGCCAGCGGGGUGGGGGUACUGGUCCGUGCACCUACGUCCUACGCACCGGCAACCGCGCGGGUGAGCAGUGCGGGGGUGCGCACUCCACCCAGCGCUGCUUUGGCCGCCUGACGGACGCUUGGUGUCACCAGUUCCCUGAGGCCACUGAGAUCCCCCGCUGGGGCGAGCCGUCUAGGGCGGGUGUAGCUGUCUUUGACCUUGACUUUGAUGCUAUUCUUGCUGCCAUGUAUGCUGUGACUAUUAGUGAUGAGGGUGACUGUUACCGGUGUUUUCCGCCCGACCCGGGCAUUGAGACUGCUGCUCUAGGUACUGGUGAGGCUGCUGCUCUAGGUGCUAGCGAGGCUGCUGCUCUAGGUGCUCGUGCGUCUGCUCCCUCAGGUGCUGGUGAGUCUGCUCUCUCAGGUACUGCGUCGGCUUCGGCCUCCCACACCUUCACCCUUGACUCGAGGGCUUCUCGCUCCUUCUUUCGAGACCGCACCACACUCACGCCGCUUGGCCGACCAGUUGCAGUCUCUCUGGCAGACCCCUCUGGGGGUCCUGUCCUUGCUCACUUCUCCACUGUCCUCCCGUGUCCGGCGGCCCCCUCUGGCACCCUGUCUGGUCUUUACCUCCCCUCGUUCUCUACGAACUUGGUGAGUGGUGCUGCCCUACAGGAUGCGGGGGUUCACCAGUUCACUCCUGCGAGUCAGCGGGUGACCCACUGCACGGACGCUCGGACAGGCCGACACCUGGCCACGUUUACACGUCGGCCGGGGUCGAGCCUGUACACACUGACCACUGCGUCUCCUCCAGUCACUGCGUCUGGUCAGGUAGCUGCGUCGGGUCAGGUGUUUGCUGCAGCGUCCAGGUCUGGUCCUGAGUCUGCCCCCUGUUCGUGUCGCCUCCUGUCGCACGAGACUCUCCUCUGGCACCACCGCCUUGGUCACCCCUCCCUGCUUCGUCUCCGAGGCAUGGCCUCCCGUGUCCUUGUCUCUGGUCUUCCCCGGUCCCUCCCUCCCCUUCCUCCGGGGCCCGGCCCUACCUGCGUCCCUUGUGUCGAGGGGCGGCAGCGGGCUGCCCCUCACUCCUCCCAGUUUCCUCCGACAGAGGCCCCGCUGCAGACGCUUCACAUGGACGUGUGGGGCCCGGCCCGCGUCCGUGGACAGGGUCACGAGCGCUACUUCCUGCUGGUGGUUGACGACUACUCGCGUUACACCACAGUCUUCCCCUUGCGCAGCAAGGGUGAUGUCACUGAGGUGUUGAUCGACUGGAUCCGCGCAGCUCGUCUCCAGCUCAGGCAGAGCUUCGGCUCGGACUUUCCUGUUCUGCGUCUGCACUCUGACAGAGACCUUCACGCUUCCGGACUCUCCACAGCAAAAUGGGAUUGCUGA